UGGUGUACUGCCCGCCUUAUGCUGCAUCUGAAUGGUGGAGAAAGCAAAGCAAAGUGAUCAGUGAGCAAGCAAGCACGUAUUGCCUCCGUCCUGUCCUUUACGACACCAUGACAACUUCAUGUGUGAGAGUGAGUGAGAGAGUGAGUGAUGUGUGAGUGAGUGAGAGAGUGAGAGAGAGUGAGUGAGUGAUCGGCAGGCGUCGAAGGGUAGGGCAGUGAAGCCGGAGCUAAGGUGACGAAGAAAGAAGAAACCCUACGGUGCUGGCAUUUUGCGUUUUUGUGGCAUUACUUAUUGUUGUGGUGCAAGCCGGUGUUGCACAUUUACGUCGGGGCUUAGCUCAAUGCUUGAGAGCUUGUGGCGUCGUCUCCGUGAAAUUAGCAUCUCAACUAACAACAUGAUUAAGGACUCGGAGACAAGGGGGAAGCGUUUAGAGGCCCUUUAUUCGGCGAUGCACCCUAUCCUGCCCCUUCGUUGUCGCCGGACCUUGAGCCUCCCCCAGGACUGAGUUCAUCCAAUCGAAGCCACUAUCCAUUGGCCCCUGAUUCUGCUCUUCAAUUUGCUGCGAUAGGCUCCCAGCACACUAGCACGUUCCUCCUCCUUAAGAGGGGCCUGUUUCAGUUGACGCGGGCGCGUUUGCGAGUCGUGGAUUCGUGGACAUUGCCCCGGCCAUCUGGUUGGCUGGCGCUGCCGGCUCAGUCGCGGGGGUGCGCUGUUGUUGAUUUGACAGUUUUCGUUACAUCAUUCGAAGUUUCGCGAAGAAUCUGUCAGAUUCUUGCGAUUUGGAGGAGUUGGUGUCUAUUCAAUGUGUUCAUCGAUGCUCUUUGAGUAGAGUGAAUAGGGGAUGUAGAGGUAUUUUACAGUUUGGCGGGGCUUUCUUCGACUGAGUCGCGAAGGUAUGCUACGCCAGGAGCCGGGUGUGUUUCGCGUGUCAUCGGGAAGCGAUGCGUGAUGAUAAACACGUGCUUAAGAUUGUGGUUUUAUAAGUUCGUCUGCCGCGUUGCAUUGGAUAUAGGGCCCGGUAGCGGCAGGUGUGAGUUGGGAGGUGGUCGCCAUGGGGAUCGGGCCAUUCAAAGCGGGCCAAUACAUCGAGCAGUUGUCAAUUGCCUGACACCUUUUAGGUUUGAAGUGGACAGAAAUUGUAGCUUUUGAAUUUAGAGGCACUUACAGGUGGCAGCGUUUUGCGUGACAAGCAUGAGGGAAUGCUUGUUGUUUCGCAGCGAUAUGAUUUUGCAAUUGCUUUAGAUCGGGGGAUUGACUUUUUUUUGUCUUCUUGUGGGUGGAAAGUGUAGCACCGGAGUUUGUGAGGCAAUUUUUGCAGUUUUACAUGUUCUACGUUCCGGAGAGUCCUAGUGCAGUGAUUUCUUCCGGUUGAAGCGUACACAUAGUUAGACGCUCAUCUUCAAUUGAAUACCAGUAGAUGAAACUGUGGUUCAUGGUUUCUAAGCUGCACGCUUCAGUUCCUUGGGUGGAGAUCGGUUCAAGCGCAAACUUGAGAGAAGUGUGUUGACCAUGUGAACAUCGUUUGAAGGAAAUUUUUGAGGUGCAAGACAUUUGAAGGAUUCUGAACGCGACUUUUUUGAAGGUUCAUUUUGGCCGUGAUUUUUUCGCAAGGCACGCUGAAAAGCUGGUCACCCGGAAGAAGACUCUGGCAUGUGACAACUCCUGUUACUUGUUGAUGAUACAAGCUCCAAGCUCCCUGAAUUUCAGCAUGUGUACCUCCGAAAGUUAUGGGAGGGUCCUGUAGAUUCGAGAUAUCACGCAGAAAUUUCACUCUGAAGCGAGUUUUUUGGUCAUCUCGCAAGCACGGAGAUGGAGUUUUGGCCCUAGAGAUCCUAAGAGGAAAGAAUGGCUUGCUCUGCAUAGCUGGUAGGCGUGGAGAUUUUGUUGUCUGUUAAGAGGAUACAAUUGAUUUUGGCGACGUACCGAGUUCCUUCAGCUGCUGAUAACCUACUGUUGCCAAAUCCAAGUGUGGUUUAAGUAUUUAGGAUGGGAAUGAUGCGGCGCGUCUUUUUUGACUUCAUUUACGUCAUUGAAGUAUUUGUGAGCACCAUCGUUCAUGCCACCUACGGCCUUAACUUAUUCUUAACGGUAGUAUGGGUAGACCUCAUGUCUGGUUUCAUGAGCAGCCCUCAGCAAUCCGCUCGAGUAUCGCCUGUCAUUGAAACUGGUGCAACUGAAACUGACGAUCGGGAAGUAUCCAAUUGUGUCAUGUUGAGUAGCAAAUCCGACGACCACAGCCUUGGCUAUGCUGGAGCUUUUAUGGAAGGACACGAGACAGCUCCAAUUGUCCUUGUGCAUGGUAUAUUCGGUUUCGGCUCACAGAAAAUGGGCCACUUGUCAUACUGGGGUGGUGCAGAGAAGCAAGAUGAUCGAAUUCUUGCGCCCGAUUUGGGUGCUCUGAGCAGCAUUCACGACAGGGCGUGUGAGCUCUUCUACUAUCUUAAAGGCGGCACUGUAGACUAUGGAGCCGAGCGCAGCCAGAAAUAUGGUCAUUCUCGAUUUGGUCAUACGUAUCACCAAGGUCACUAUCCUGAGUGGGACAGCAAACAUCCUGUACAUUUAGUUGGACAUUCUACUGGCGCACAAGUAAUCCGGCUUCUGCAAAACAUGUUAGCGGAUAAGUGUUUUCCAGGACACGAUUCUACAUCAGCAGACUGGGUGCUCAGUGUCACUUCCCUCUCAGGUGCUCUGAAUGGCACAACACGCGUCUAUUAUGACGGUAUACGGGCUGAAGAUGGGAAGUCGAUGAAGAGCUUCAGCCUAUUGCAAGUUCUGCGAGUGGGUGUGCUACUUUAUGAAUGGCUCGACAUUCCAUUUUUGAAACGAUACUAUGAUUUUGGAUUUGAUCACUACAACCUGCAAUGGCACAAAGCAGGAAUCACGGGCCUAUUAGAUACACUUUUCAAUAGAAGUGGACCCUUCGUACAUGAUAACUGGGUGCUUCCAGAUUUGAGUAUUCAGUCUUCAGUGGAGUUGAAUAAGAAACUUAGAACCUUUGAUAAGACCUUCUACUUCAGCUAUGCAACGAAAGGAACAAAGAGGUGGUUUUCGCUGUGGACGCUGCCGGGAAGCAUCUUCUCUACACAUCCGCUACUCUUCAUCCGGUCUCUGCAGAUUUGUCUAUGGCGUCAUCCUGAAGACCUUCCUCUUCCCUAUGAAGGUUACAGAGAUGAGGAUUGGCAAGAUAAUGACGGCGCAUUGAACACCAUAUCACAAUUGUAUCCUUGCUUGCCUUGUGUGCAUUCGAAUUGCGAGUUAGGAGCUGAUCUGAAUGAUUUAAAGGACGGAAGAGUUCUUCAACCUGGAAUAUGGUAUUACUCAACUUUAGUCGCGGAUCACAUCUACUUUAUCAUCAAUCGUGAAAGAGCUGGUGUUCAUUUUGAUGUACUAUAUGACAACAUAUUUCAACGGUGUAGAAAGCAAAUUAAGCCCUCAUUAAUAUCUUCUUGAGUUACAUUUAUUUUUCAUCACCAGACAUGCGCAGUGGAAGGUCGUGAACGCAAAUGUAGUAUGCAUUGAAGAUGUUCCUCGUGUAGGUAAAGUACAGUCCUGUCAUGCUAUUCAUAUAUUGAUUUACCCUCGCUUUGGGAUUUCUUGCGCCACUUACUUUGUUUAGGUUGAUUAGCACACGAUAAGGCAUUCAUAUUUAAUUCACUUGAUGGAACUUCUAUUAUCAUUUGCAUAGUAGAAGCGUCAUCGUUUCUUUCUUUUCAUUAGAAAUUUAAUUCACGGCAAGCUUGCAGCCAUUGUUGCAGAGCGUGAACUUUUCACAGAUUGAUGACCUUCUGUAGAAGGCAAGAGUACGCUUCAAAAUCCCCAUGUCUCAAGUGAUAACUUCUUUGACAGGUCAUUUUGCUCUUCACAUGUGAUGUCACACAGUUGAGCAAGAAUGAUAUCCUGCUUUUCUUGCUAGUGUGACUUUAUUCCAUAAUUUAGGUUGAAAUCAAGUGUCGGUGGACAAUUGUUGGAUUUUGCGGUAUUGCUAGUCUUUUAGAUUUUCGGCAACAUCAUGAUGAUUUCGAGCACAUCCUUUAGGAUGAUGUGCACUAUAUCAUAUGAACUGGAAAUUGAGUGUAACGAUAUAUUUGAAUCAUUUGUUUGCAUA